AUGUUUUCUAAGGUCCUCAACUAUCCUACGGCUAGUGCCACAGCGAACGCACACUCAAGUUUCGUGGCUAGUUCCUCGGCGGCCAUUUCUUCGAGUACGAGCACACGCUCCUCUUCCUUCAACUAUGACAACCUUCGCCUGGAUGAUAUACUGUGCGCCGUGUGCCAGUCGGUUCUCCACGAGCCGGUGUUUCUACCGUGCCAACAUCUGUUCUGCCGUAACUGUAUCCGCCGAACGAUCGAAACCAACAACCUGUACUGCCCGUGCUGCCGGAAACGGUUCGGUACAUGGUAUCGGAACGCUUCCCGUGCCAACGAAGUCGUUCACGAGCAGCUUUGGCAAGCGAUCCAAAGCCAGUUUCGUGAACACUUGGACGAAGAUCCUCCAUCCGGCUCGUUGAAAGGUUCCAGCGGUCAGCCAAUCAAGCCGCUAUAUGCAGAACCAUCCACCAUUCAUCUGGCCAACCCGGGAGACAUCCAGAAGGAGUACAAAGCAGAACUGAAACGUGUUCAAAAAGAAAUCUUGGAAGAAAAAACAAAGGAACUAACCGCUUCUGAACAGUACAUCAUCAAUUUGUACAAACAGGAAGGCAUCAUUGACCUUGCUGACAACAGCAGCCAUGUUUCGAUAUCCUCGGCAACCACACCCGAUCUGGGCGAUGGUGGUGUAGGUGAAAAAGCGUCCAUCGAAGAACCAGUGCCAACCAGUUCCAGCUCAGUGGCUGGUCCAUCGACGGUACGCUUACCACCUUUGCCGAACCCUAUAGAGGCGGUUAACAACGGAACAAAGGCAUCCAGUACAUUCAAGCACAUUUCCCCGUCGACUACAAGUGUCAUCUCCAUUUCCUCCACGUCGUCAGCUGCAUCCGGCGUAACCGCCUCAUCCUGCGCUACAUCGUCCGCCUCGGGACGCUACAGUUUGAUCAAAUCGGUUGCUCAGAAGGUCGGUCGAUCGGCCGAAAUCGUUAAACAAAAGGUGCACGACACAUUCCUGCACGGCUUAACGGCGGGAAAAUUGCAACAACAUCAGCGAACACUGAAUGCGAUCGAUCUGAACAAAAGCGACCUGUGCGUGAAACCAACAGCAGUGCACAAAAUGGAACGUCGCGGUGUGGAAGGCGAACCGGCCGAAUGUGAUGAUUCGGAUAGCUUGAAAUCGGAACAAAACCACUUCAUCCCGAUCGUACAAACGAUGCCGAAAAGCAGCUUCUCGUGCAAUACAUUUCGGCGCGUGCCAACCGUCCGACCCGUUCCAUCACCGCUUAAACACGAAUCGUCCCCAAAAAGUAGCUCCUUCCAGCCGCUCAAACACAAACGCUCACUGUCGGCAUUUAAGGUUGUGAAACUAGAAAUUCUAACUCCACCGCCAAUCCCUUGGGAAGCAAGUGGGCAACAGUCGACGGCGAGCAAAAAGAAGAUACCCACCAACACACCACGCCACCGUGGUCGUUCACGUCGAAUAAAGUUUACACCCACCAAAGCGCAGAAAUCGCCAGCCCAGAAGGAUGUAGCUGUUAGCGCUGUUAGCGCUUCGAACGGUCGCACCAGGCGAACAGCAGUGGCAAAACAGAACACCCUAAAGGACAUCAUCGUGAGCGAUCAGCAACGGCGGGAACAACAGAUCGAAAUGGAACGCCGUGAUUUUGAGUUUGCACAAAAGCUACAGCAAAAGCUUAACCGAUCGUUCGGUGUAAUGCAAGAGAUACAGCGACAGCUGCCACCGGUUCACCGCAAUAGCGCUGGCUACUCUCUUCGCCGUAAAGUACCGGUCGAAGAUUGCGACACCAGCAGUAAAAACGAUUCAAACAGCACAAAGAACACACCCGCUCAAACGACGCGCAAACGAAAGGCCACUAGUAGCAGCGUGGAAAAUGACGUUCCUUCGAGUUCCUCGCCAGCAAAGCGAGCUUCGGUCCAGAUGAAAACGAGACGCCAAACGCGACAAACACGCACAAUGAAGAAUGGGAAUGAUUCUAGUCUAGAGCAACCAGAAGAGCAUCAUUCGGAGGACCAGAAGAAGAAACAUUCGAGCACGGUUGUGCCACUGCGUAAGUCGACUAGAAAUAAGACUCGCUGA